UUUGAAUUUCACCACAGACCAAAAUGUUCGUUCUUAAAAGACAAUACCCAAAAAUAAAUAAUGGAGGUUUUUGUCUUGAGAAAAAAGGUGCUUUUUAGCCUAAUCAUUAACUAAAAGAACUUUAAUCAAGCUAACCUGGGCAUGGAGUUUGGAAUCUGACCUUUACUACAUCUAGAUAAACAUUAUUCCUGUGCCUGAGCUCCCUUCACUCUGUGGCUCAAUCUGAACAGGUCACUCAUUCAUUUAGCUUUAUUCGAAUAUUUUCUGCAGGCUGAAACAAACCACACCAAAAGCUGAGGAACCCGAAUAAUGAUACCGUUAACCUUGUUAUUUUUUGUUUGUAUAUUUUGCACCUUUUCUGCUUCGCUUCAAGUGCAGACAACAGGACCAAGACUUAACAAUGACAAGACCUACAAGUACUUCUAUACAACAGAAGUCCUUAUUGACCGACCUAGAGGAUCAGUCGAGGAUAGUGUAGGAUACAAGAUUUCUUCAGAUGUAGAUGUCAGCCUGGUAUGGCGAAAUCCAGCUAACAAAGAUGAUCAGCUCAUCAGAAUUGAGAUGAAAAAUAUUAAAGUUGAAAGUGUAACUGAGCGCCCACAGGACAAGAAUAUAUUUACUGGCACUAAUGCUGCAAAGAUACUUGGUGACAAUUAUAUUAAAAGUAUUCAGAGGCCAUUUCUGGUACAGUGGAGCUUUGGAAAGGUGAAAAGCUUUUUCUCAUACAAAGAUGAAUCAACUGUCCUUCUAAAUUUGAAGCGAGGCCUGGCUAGCCUGUUCCAGAUACAACUUAACCCUGGUUCUGUCACUGAGGUCGAUGUUUCUGGGAACUGCAAGGCUAAUUAUCAAACACGGCAGAACCAGGUGACUAAAGUAAAAGAUAUUGCAAGCUGCAAGAUAUCAAAAGCAGGCUUCUCGACCUACAACAUGGUGAUUGGCAUUUCUAAUAAAGGAACAUCCAGUACAAUUUACAUACUCGAUGAGGAUCUCAUUAAAUCGGUGUUGGCUGAAGAGAAUCAUGUGUUGACUCUUAAUUCAUAUAAUGCAGUAGCAGCAAAGAUUGUGUGCAAGCAAAAACUGGAACUAAAGUCUACGCAAGCCGGGUCCAAGGAAACUCCAGGCAAGCAAAUUGGCACUGUGGUUAAGGCAGUAGAUGCAAAAUAUGUACAGCUCCCACUGGCAGCAGAUCAAAUGAAAUCCGACUGCAAGGGUUGUCCUCCUCUCGCACAGCACUGGCAAGCAACUCGAGAGCAUUUCGAGCCUCAGAAUCUUUCAAAAGCCAACGCAGCCCACAGCUUCCUCUCUUUAAUUCAAAGUCUUCGCAGAGCAAAAAAAUCUGAAAUUUUGAAGCUUCUUAAAUCAGAAAAGGAAGAUGUACUUCCACAGCUGGUUGAUGCUAUAACUUUUGCUCAGACGGCGGAAUCCUUGGAGGCCAUGCUAGAGUUUCUUGACUUCACCAAUGGGAGCAGGCCAUUGUUGCAAGAGAGAUUCUUGUAUGCUUGCGGAUUAGCCUCACAUCCAGAUGAGCAAAUGCUCAAAGCUCUUGUUGCCAAGUCCAAAGGGAUAAUUGGAAAUCACGAGAUCAGGGAAACUGUGGUUAUAAUAAUUGGUGCGCUGAUCAAGAGGCUCUGCAAGAAUGGAAUGUGUGAUUUUCCGUCAAUUUUGGAAGCAAAAAAGUUGAUCUUAGAAGGUUUGGGAAAGGCUGAAAAGCCUGCGGAUAUCAAGACCCAUUUAUUGGGUCUAAAAAAUGCCAUCUUGCCGGAAGGCGUUCCUCUGCUGCUGAAAUACGCAGAAUCUGGGGAGGGACCUGUCAGCAGUAUUGCAAUCAGUGCGCUCCAGAAAUACGAUACACGUUUCAUCAAUGAAGAGGUAAAAAAAGCAAUGAACCGGAUCUAUCAUCAAAAUUAUAAAAUUCACGAAAAGACAGUGCGAACUGCUGCAGCUGAUAUAAUACUAAACAAUAAUCCUUCCUACAUGGAUGUAAAAAACCUGCUGCUUUCUAUUGGGGACUUACCCCUGGAAAUGAAUAAGUACAUGCUCUCUGUGUUCCAAGACAUCCUACAGUUUGAGAUGCCAACCAGUAAGCUUGUUCGUCAAGUUCUAAAAGAUAUGAGGAUUAACAACUAUGACCGCUUUGCAAAGACUGGAUCCUCUUCAGCUUUCUCUGGCUACGUGACCCGUGGACUAGAUUCAUCAUCAACCUAUAGUCUAGACAUUCUCUACUCCGGAUCUGGCAUUCUACGAAGAAGUAAUAUGGAUAUAUUUUUAUACUAUAAAAGCACUGAGCUGCAUGCCAUUCAGGUUGUAAUUGAAGCUCAAGGUCUUGAGUCCUUAAUAGCUGCAACUGCAGAUGAAGGUGAGGAAGAACUGGAGUCCUUUGCUGGAAUGUCAGCCGUCUUGUUUGACGUUCAACUACGGCCUGUUACAUUUUUCCAAGGAUACAGUGAUCUGAUGUCAAAAAUGUUCUCAGCAACUGGUGACCCUAUAAGUGUAGUGAAAGGACUGGUGCUUCUGACUGAUCAUUCUGAGAUUAUCCAGUUGCAAUCUGGGUUUAAAGCCAAUGCAGAAUUCCAAGGUGGAUUGUCCAUUGAUAUCUCCGGUGGAAUGGAUUUCAGUUUGUGGUACAGAGAAUCCAAAACCAGUGUUAAUAAUCGAGGGGCCGUGGUAUUUACUGGCAAUAUAACCAUUGAUUCAGGAUUUGUAAAUGCCGGGAUGGAAACCCGCUUUGAAUCAGAGUCAUCCUUUGAUUUCCUUACAACUGUAAAAUUUUCUUCAUAUCCAUUUUUGGUUUGCAUGCAGAUGGAUAAAGGAGCAUUUCCAUUAAGACAAUACCUCACAAAGUAUGAGAGCUUGCCAUCUGGAAAAUCAUACAUCUCCCGGAAAGGAAGAGUCCAGACAGUGCCAGGUUCCGAGCUCCCGCUUCACCAAGAGAACUCCAACAUGUGUAGGCAGGUGACUGCAGAACAGGACAGCUCACCGGACAGCUGGUUCUAAAAUCCACAGAAACCAUUUCCAAGUACUGAAUCAAUGGCUCCAUGGCGGACAGUUGUGUGUGCACUGUAUGUUAUUAGUGCAGACAUGAAGUUUACAUAUGUAGAUGUAUUUAAGUCUUUGUAAAAUGUUCUAAAAUAAAGAAGUUUGCACAUAUGUUUUGUAAGACUUUUUACCACAUGCAGCAAGUGCUUUAUAGCAGGGUUAACACUUGCAGGCAAAUAUCCACAGCCCAUAAGCACAGUUCUAUGUAAUAAUCCUUUCCUUUGUAUAGCCUUAUUAGAACAGAAGAUUAUGGGUAGGACUGCGCGGCCGACUUUGAUGCGUUUCCUUCGGAUUCGACAAAACGCACGCAUCAAGUUGAAUGCGACAGGAAU